CGAGCAAUCCAGAAGAAUUCUAGAAUCGAUCAACUCGGAAGCUUCAAGAGCAGCAAAGCGCAAAACAAGUCGCCAAGAAAAGUAGAACAAACUCGCAGAAAUCGCAGUCGAGCGGAGGAGGAAAACGCUAAAUCGCGUCUGAAAUCGUCGUUUUGAUUCGAGGAAGGCAAAGACUGCGGUGUCAAUCGGGAAGUUUGUCAGUGGGGAUCGUCGACUCGGGAGAUUCUGAGAUUGUGCGUAAUCUAAGAGGAAUGGGAGCCUAUGAUCAAGGUGUUAACAUGCCGUAUCUGCCCUUGGAUUCUUCAAGGAAGAGGAAGACGCGGAGCAGACGAGAUGGGAACUCGGUCGCUGAUACGCUGGAGAAGUGGAAAGAGUAUAACAAACAACUCGAAUCGGCUAAAGAAGAGGGGAAAAAGCGUAAAGUGCCGGCCAAGGGGUCCAAGAAAGGCUGUAUGAAAGGCAAGGGAGGGCCCGAGAAUGCACGUUGCAAUUAUAGGGGAGUGAGGCAAAGGACUUGGGGCAAGUGGGUUGCCGAAAUUCGGGAGCCGGACAGGGGAAGUAGGCUUUGGUUAGGUACUUUUCCCACUGCCGUUGAGGCUGCCCUUGCCUAUGAUGAGGCUGCAAAGGCCAUGUAUGGAGAUGGAGCUCGCCUCAACCUUCCGCACGGGGUCAAUAAUCAUCCAUCGUCUUCACAGGAGACUUCUUCGGUUGCAACACCAUCAGGGUCUUCUGCAGCGGCAACUCCAGGAUGCUCUACUUCCACUUCAACCUCGAGUCACUCUGAGGUUUGUGGAGACGAGAAUUCCAAGCUUUUCCUUAAUGUGAAAAAGGAGGAUGGUGAGGGCGAAUCAAGGAUGUAUCCGUGGUCCGGUGCGGUCCCGCAAGCCAGUGGUAUGGUGAAGCCAGAAGUCAGUGAGGACCUUGACGUGGAUUAUCUUCGCAAUAAUCAACAACAACCUGUCGUAGUAAAACCGGAACACGGAGUUGAGGAUCAUAAUCCGAAUGGCGGAGAUGGUUUUGUUGGGGAUUGUUCUGAGAACUUCACAAUGUGCGAGUUGUUUGAUAUGGAUGAGAUGUUUGAUGCAAAUGAACUAUUGAUGCCUUCAGAUGAUACUUCCUUUUGCAAUUCGGGACGAGAGCAAGUGUCGAGACCUGAUGUUGGUCAGCCGGGCAUGGAGACUCUCAGCAGCGAAGGGCCAUCAAAUCUGUCGUACCAGCUGCAGUUUCCAGACGCCAAGCUGCUCGGGAGUCUGCCGCACAUGGAGCAGGCCCCUUUGGACUACGAAUACGGUUUUGAUUUCAUGAAGCAAGAGGAGGGGAGUAAUCAUACCAGCCAAAAUGAUCAAGGGUACUUCAAUCUAGGACCGUCCGACUUAGGUUUGGGGGGAUUCACAGAAGGUACAAUGCAAUCCGGAGACGUAGGUUACAACUAUUCCAUGGAAAUCUGAAAGCAAAGAAACAGACCUUGUGCUUGUUUCCUCCUUGCUUGAUCGCCUAUUUUGUUUUUGGAGAUUUCGAGCUACUUCUCUAACAUGUUUUAGAUUGGAGAAUUAAGCUGGCCAUUCCAUGUUGAAUGGUGGUGCGUUGAUGGACGACUUAUAUGCAUCUUGGAAAUACUAUAUCUAUAUAUAUGUACAUAUAUUGACAA